AAAUUAAAUUUCAAGUUUGUAAGAAACAUAGAACUGAAACGAAGGGCUAAGAGCCUAUAUUGAAGGAUAUUUUCCGUUACCACAAAUAAAUUACAGACAAAAUGAGGGAAAUUGUUCACAUGCAAGCUGGUCAGUGUGGUAACCAAAUUGGUGCUAAGUUUUGGGAAGUCAUAUCAGAUGAACAUGGAAUUGAUCCUACAGGAACAUAUCAUGGUGACUCAGAUUUACAGUUAGAAAGAAUCAAUGUAUAUUAUAACGAGGCUACAGGAGGCAAAUAUGUACCCAGAAGUAUUCUUAUUGAUUUGGAACCAGGAACUAUGGACUCCGUCAGAUCAGGACCUUUUGGACAAAUAUUUAGACCAGACAAUUUUGUGUUCGGACAGAGCGGUGCAGGUAACAACUGGGCAAAAGGACAUUACACAGAAGGCGCUGAACUUAUUGACUCUGCUCUAGAUGUUGUACGUAAGGAGGCCGAAAGCUGUGACUGUGUUCAGGGAUUCCAACUUACUCACUCACUAGGAGGUGGUACCGGCGCUGGCAUGGGAACACUAUUGAUUAGUAAAAUCCGUGAAGAAUACCCAGACAGAAUAAUGAACACUUUCUCUGUUGUACCAUCACCUAAAGUAUCAGACACUGUUGUAGAACCCUACAAUGCAACCCUCUCUGUACAUCAGUUGGUCGAGAACACAGACGAAACAUACUGUAUCGAUAACGAGGCUCUGUAUGACAUCUGCUUCCGUACAUUGAAACUUACAACUCCAACAUAUGGUGAUCUGAACCAUCUCAUUUCUGCAACCAUGUCAGGUGUAACAACAUGUCUUAGAUUCCCAGGUCAAUUAAACGCCGAUCUCAGGAAAAUAGCCGUCAAUAUGGUACCCUUCCCUCGUCUUCACUUCUUCAUGCCCGGAUUUGCACCUCUAACAUCUCGUGGUAGCCAGCAGUACCGUGCACUAACAGUACCGGAACUUACCCAACAGAUCUUUGAUGCCAAGAACAUGAUGGCAGCAUGUGAUCCACGUCACGGUAGAUACCUCACAGUCAGUGCCCUCUUUAGAGGAAGAAUGUCAAUGAAAGAGGUUGAUGAACAAAUGUUGAAUGUACAAAACAAGAACAGCAGUUACUUCGUUGAAUGGAUCCCCAACAACGUCAAGACAGCAGUUUGUGAUAUCCCACCACGUGGUCUAAAGAUGUCUGCCACAUUUGUUGGAAACACAACAGCCAUUCAGGAAUUAUUCAAGCGUGUCUCAGAACAGUUUACUGCCAUGUUCCGUCGUAAGGCUUUCUUGCAUUGGUACACUGGUGAAGGUAUGGACGAAAUGGAGUUCACAGAAGCCGAAUCCAACAUGAAUGACUUGGUAUCCGAAUAUCAGCAAUACCAAGAUGCAACAGCGGAAGAGGAAGGAGAGUUCGAGGAAGAAGAAGGCGAAGAAGAAGCACAAUAAGGGAUAAAUUGACAAUUAAAUUAUUUAUAAAUUCCGUCCGUAAACGAGAAAACAAAAAUCGUUGACAUUCAAAAAUGUAUACAUAACAUAUGAAGCAUUUAUUUAUUUUAUUAAGCAGGACGUCAGGGCAAUAUUGGGUAUAAAAUUUUGACAUUUUCUGCUGAAUAAAGUUACAUGAUAACA